AUGUCCUUAUUUAAGGACGCAAUGCGGCCAUGCCGCUCGAGCCGCCAAAUGCGCAGUCUCUAUAUCGUCCCCAAAACGUCAUUUCAUCAAGCGCGCGAGCUCAACACAACUCCUCCCAUAGCCGGAGCAGCGGAAGAGGAAGUCCAAGCCGCACAUAGAUACUGCCUUAAUCUUCUCGAAAAAUAUGACCGUCCCUCCUACACUCUAAGCACCUUCAUUCCCCGCCAAACACAACCGGCAUAUAUCGCCCUCCGCGCACUCAAUUCCACCCUCUCCCUCAUCCCCGACACGACCUCCUCGCACACAAUCGGCCUAAUGCGCCUACAAUUCUGGCGCGAAGCCAUCACAAAGACCCUCGCAGGCACACCACCGAAAGAACCUAUCGCUAUCCUCCUCGCCUCAGCAAUCGAUGACUUGCACCACCGAAGCGGCGGAAAAGCAAAAUUGAGCAAGAACUGGUUGAAUCGCAUGGUUAAUGCGCGGGAGCAAACGCUUACGAAUGACCCGUAUCCUAAUCUCGAAGCAAUGGAAAGUUAUGCGGAGAAUACGUAUAGUACAUUGCUUUAUUUAACGCUGUCGACUAUGCCGAUGACUAGUGUUACGGCGGACCAUGUUGCGAGCCAUAUUGGGAAGGCUGCAGGGAUAGCGGCUGUAUUGCGGGGAUUGCCGAUUGUAGCGUUCCCGCAACAGGUGCAGCAGGCGCAGGGAGCUGGGGCCGGGGCUGUCCAGGGAGGGUCCAGGCAGGGUGCUGUGAUGCUGCCGUUGGAUGUUAUGGCGCAGGCAGGAGUGAAAGAGGAAGAGGUAUUCAGGCGGGGAGCGGAGGCAGAGGGCUUACGUGAUGCGGUAUUUACAGUUGCGACGAGGGCGAGUGAUCAUUUGAUUACAGUGCAGCAGAUGCUGAGCAAUCUGCGGGCUGGGAGUGACGUCGGCCAUGAUUUUGAGCAUGAAGGGGAGGAGGAUCAUCAGUAUGCUGUUGGAGAUGGUUCACAGCAUGAAUCGCCGCUCGACGAGGUAAACCGGGCCUUUGGAGUCUUCAUGCCUGCUGUUGCAACGCGACUCUGGCUGGACAAGCUUGAGAGCGUGGACUUUGAUAUCUUUAAACCCGAGCUUCUUCGGUCUGAUUGGAAGCUUCCGUGGAAGGCUUACAUGGCAUUUCGACGAAAGGCUUUCUAA